AUGGAGCCGGAAAGAGGUGGAUCCGGGAGAGGCACAGAUGGUCAGCAACAAGUCCUCGAGAUGUCCGCCGUUGAUCUUCAUGGUGACGAGGAAUCAAUGGAACAUGGACAACAAGAGGAUGAGCCUGCACCUGUCAGUGCUGUUAGGGAGAGAGACUCUAAGCUCGAGCUUUUCGAGAGCGACCCUCUGGUCGAUGCUGUCGGCGUAAGAAGGAUGGCUGGUGAGCAUCCCAUGAGUCCUCGUGACGGCGAUGAGAUGCACGUUCAUCGAGGUUCCGACAGGAACAUGAAAGUAGCAAAGCUGGGUACACUGACCGGCGUGUACAUCCCGUGCGUUCAAAACAUCCUCGGAAUUAUCUUCUACAUUCGUCUCUCCUGGAUUGUGGGUAUUGCGGGAAUUGGGCAGAGCCUGGUGCUGGUUGCGCUGACGUGCCUCAGCACAGUCCUCACGGGCUUAUCCCUCUCUGCCAUUGCCACCAACGGCGCCAUGAAGGGAGGCGGCCCUUACUACCUGAUAGGGCGAGCGCUAGGGCCUGAGGUGGGAGUGAGCAUAGGGCUCUGCUUCUUCCUCGGCAAUGCAGUCGCCGGCUCCCUAUACAUUCUUGGUGCGGUCGAAACGCUGCUGGAUUGGCUCCCCCAGAUGUCCCUCUUUCCACCGGAGCAGGUGACGUUUGGCGUGAACUCAACAACCAACUCAACGGUGGAGCUGGCGUCGACGGCGGACAUGCAGGUGUACGGAGUCAUCGUGACCGUUGCACUGUGCAUCGUGGUGCUGGGGGGCGUGCGCGUGGUCGUGCGCGUGGGGCCACUCUUCCUCAUCCCCUCCAUCCUCGCCAUCAUCUGCAUCUUCAUUGGAAUCAUCGUUGCUCCCCGCAGCGGCAGCCCAGAGGGGCUGACUGGGCUGAGCCUCAGCACGUUGUCAAGCAACUGGGCGUCAGACUAUCAGAAGACCAACGCCAACGGCAUUCCUGAUGAGAAUGGCAACUUCAACUGGAGCUUCACUCAGCUGCUGGGUCUAUUCUACCCCGCGGUCACAGGCAUCAUGGCGGGCAGCAACCGGUCGGCGUCGCUCAAGGACACACAGAAGUCCAUUCCCAUCGGGACGCUGUGGGCCAUUGGUACCACCACUCUGCUAUACGUGUUUGCUGUCUUCAUGUUCGGCUCUGUGGCGCUCAGAGACCUGCUGCUCACUGAUCGGCUGCUCACAGCCACCCUGGCAUGGCCGUCCCCGGCAGUGGUGUACAUCGGCAUCAUCCUCUCCACGCUCGGCGCCGCCAUGCAGAACCUUAUGAGCGCGCCGCGCCUGCUCACAGCCAUCGCCAACGACGACAUUCUCCCCAUCCUGGACUGGUUCAAAACAGAGGACAACCAGGAGCCAUACCUCGCCACGCUCUGCACGCUCCUCAUCUGUGCCGGCUUCGUGUGUAUCGGAGAUGUGGACUAUGUCACACCCGUUAUUACUAUGUUCUUCCUCCUGUGCUAUCUUGGGGUGAACCUCUCGUGCUUCCUGCUGGAUUUGCUGGAUGCGCCGUCGUGGCGUCCGAGGUGGAAGUGGCACCACACGCUGACCGCCCUCGCUGGCGCGGUCCUUUGCGUUACGAUCAUGUUCAUGAUAUCGUGGUUCUUCACGCUGCUGUGUCUGCUGCUAGCGGUGCUCAUCUACUACUACGUCAGCCUCAAGGGCAAGGCCGGCGACUGGGGCGAUGGCUUCAAGUCCGCUUACCUGCAGCUCGCCCUGCGCUCCCUCAAGUUCCUCGGAGCGAGUCAGGUGCAUCCCAAGAACUGGUACCCCAUCCCGCUCAUCUUCUGCAAGCCCUGGGGCAUCCUGCCUCCCGACAUGCCGUGCCACCCGAAGCUGGCUGAUUUUGCCAACUGCAUGAAGAAGAAGGGACGCGGAAUGACCAUCUUCGCCACCAUCCUCGAGGGCCGCUUCAGGGACCGCGCAGAAGACGCACGGUCAGCAAGCCACCUGCUGCUGAGCUACAUCGACUACAAGCGCUGUGAGGGAGUGGCCGAGGCCAUCGUGGCCGACUCGCUCAACGAGGGCUUCCGCAUUGCCGUGCAGACCAUGGGGCUCGCGAAUCUCAAGCCCAACAUCGUGUGCAUGCGCUACCCUGAGAUCUGGCGCGAAGACAUCCAGCGGGACAUCCCGGGCACGUUUGUGAACAUCAUCAACGACUGCAACACGGCAAACAAGGCGUGUGUGAUUGUGAAAGGGCUGGACGAGUGGCCGGGCGAGUACCAGAAGCAGUACGGCACCAUCGACCUCUACUGGAUCGUGAGGGACGGUGGCAUCAUGCUGCUACUAUCCCAGCUGCUGCGGGCGAAAGAGAGCUUUGAGAACUGCAAGAUCCAGGUGUUCUGCAUCGCAGAGGAGGACACGGGAGCGGAGAACCUGAAGCUGGACGUGAGCAAGUUCCUGUACGACCUGCGCAUGCAGGCUGACGUCAUCGUUGUCACCAUGAAGGCCUGGGAAGACGUCGUGUCCGAUGCUGAGGGCGCAGAGGCAGAGCUCGCCCGGCAAGGCGCCAUGGAGGCUUUCACUCGGGCUCGGCGCAACAUAGCCCAGAGAAUGAGCGAGGAUCCCGAGGCUGAGACGCACCACUCGCUGCUGGACGAGAGCAAGGUGAAUAAGUUCCUCUACACCACAAUCAAGCUCAACUCCAUUAUACUGCGUUACUCGCGCAUGGCUGCUGUGGUGCUCGUCAGUCUGCCACCGCCCCCUCAGAACCAUCCCCCUUAUUGCUACAUGGAGUACAUGGACUUGCUCGUCAACAACAUUCCGCGCUUGCUUAUGCGCGCGCGUGCUCCAGGGGAGGUCGGCGGCGGGCCUUGGGGGGAAGCGGGGGAGGGGCCGCGGCGGGUGGGGGAGGCGCAGCCCGCAGCAGCGGUGCAGGCACACAAGGGGGCGGCGUUUGGGCUCAAGUCAUGCGCCAUGGGUAAACAGCCGCUGCUGUUCAGUUGUGGGGACGACGGCCGCAUUGCAGGGUGGCGUUGGAGCGACCUCCUCUCAUCCUCUCCUGCUCACGCCCCCCAGGUGGCCCCCUGCGUUGACCUGGUCAACCCCCCCACCACGUGGGCUGCUGCAAGGGGCGUGGUAGUGGUGCCGGAGACGAACGCCAUUGAUGUUGACGAGCAGAGAAACAUCAUUUACAGCGCAACAGGAAACGGCUGUGCAUAUGCAUGGGACGUGGAUACUCAGAAGCAGGUCGCUGAGUUCAGGGGCCACUCAGACUACCUGCACUGUGUGGUGGCGCGGCCACAGCACAAUCAGAUAGUGACAGGGUCAGAGGAUGGCACGUGCCGAGUAUGGGAUUGCCGCACAGCCACCACAGUGCUAUGUCUCAACCCCUUCACUGCGCGCCAAGCACCCCUCUCUCCUUCAUCCUCUUCCCCCCUCUCCUCACCUUGGGUCAGCAGUCUGGCAGUUGAUUCCACGGCACCAUGGCUGUUGUGUGGCACGGGCGGUGGCACGGCAUCUCUUUUCUCCCUGCAGGCACCCGCGUCUGCGCUGCUGCACGUGUCUCUGGGCGCACCAGUGCAUGCUGUGGCCAUGGGGAGAGACGCAGAUGAGAUACUAGUGGCGGGAGCCAGCGCUGUGUUGACUCGGUUGACUUUUGCCGGCCAGCUCAAGUCACUAACUGCCACGGCCAUGCCAUCCAUCUACUCCCUCCAUUCACAUUCGCCGUCCCAG